CCUGCUGCUUCUUGAACUGCUGUAUCCUCUUCUUUGCUUCUUGCUUUUUUCCAUUUGAAGCUUUUUUUAUUCUUUUUUUUUUCUUCAUGAGGGAACAGCAGCAAGCAGAACCAUAAAGGGUGUCUCCUUUCCUAAAAUAAUAACUAUUUGAUGUAAGAAAACAAACCCACAGAACUCUUUUGUUCACGUAGGAUUUACUUUCAACAACCGUGUUCUCUUACCCAAAGGAAGAUAGGUCGAGUGCUCUGUGAAGUACAGCACUGGAAAAGGAAGACGUGGGCACGCUUGGAAAAUGCUGAGCUGCUUGUGAAGCUACACUGCAUGUUUAUGACUUGGUUUUCUAAGCAAUCUCCAGAGCUUGAACGGAUUACAGUGAUAUUUUAACAAGGCUGCUGGCAUCCAUCACCAGCUUUCAGUCAGUGAGAAAGCUAAAAGAUGGAAGAAUGUAAUUAUUUCCGCAUAAGCUAAGUGUUAGUGACUGAUUAUCAUGAGAACUUUGAUGCUUUAAACUUCUGCAUCCUCUGAAGGUAAACAGUCCCUCUGAUGACACCGCGAAUCUGGGAAUGAAGAACUUCUCAGAGCUGAUUGGAAAUGGCAUUGCGGAGCUGAAACUUAACUGGAGGAAAUAUAUCUCCUGAAGAAGAAAAUAUAAUGCACUGUAAGGAUCUGUCUUCUGGUGAAAAAUUCAAGCCUAGAGAAAACUUGUCCGCUCUGUUAGGAAGAAUGGGUUGGACAAUUUUCUUCAAUUCCAAAGGAUAUCUGAAUGCCAUGCUGAGCUUAAUCUCUGCAGCAUGCUCUGUGCUUCUCAUCUCUUCCUGAUGCACUGCAUGGUUAUUCUGAAGGGAAGGAUAAAGAAACUGGCCACCAAGAUGGUAAUCACUAGUGGAAAUGAAGAAGAUAAAGGCAGUCAAGAAAAGGAAAGCAAAGAAGAAACCAUCUUGGCAAUGCUUGGAAUUAUUGGGACAAUUCUGAACCUCAUUGUGAUCAUUUUUGUGUAUAUUUAUACAACAUUGUAAACUAGAAGGCAUGCAAAUAGACCAGAUAAAACGGCCAUUAAGAGUGACAACAAACAUUGCUGACUAUUGACAAGUUCUUUAAUCAGAAUUGACUCUGUAUUAUAUUAACACAUCAUAAAAGCACUGCCUGAAGGCAGCGAAGACUGAAGCACAAUUAAUUUAACAAGACUUUUUCACACAGUAAUAAGCUUAACUCUUCUCUCCUGCCCUCUCCCUUUCGGUUUGGUUUUCAGUUUGGGGGAGAAUGACUGCAGUUAUAUAAGUUGUAGCUUUGAAGAAAUCUACCAGGGAUAUGUUGUUUUAAAAGAAUUAAAAAAAAAAAAAAAAGGAAAAGAAAAUAAAAUACAAGAAAAGAAAAAAAAAAAAAAAGGAAAAGAAAGAAACUGUAAACUAUAUAUAAUUAGAAAUGUAUGCUGUAUACCCGCAAAGAUUGAACUCAAAGAUAGCCUCAUAGCACAGAUCACGUGUCUCUUAGGUCAAAUGGUUUUUUCUCUUGGCUUUUGCUUUUACUUACAUUGAAUCUGACAAGCUUUUUAUUUAGAAUGAACAUAUGGUGCAAUCAUGAAAAAAACAAUUCUGUUGAGCAAGGUCUGCCUAAACCUGAUGAAAUGUUGGGAGAAAUACAUUACAUGGUUAUUUUUCCUUUCUCAUUUGCUUAACAUCUGUGUCUGUUCAUACCAAUGUUUAUAAAUAUAUAUUUUUAAUAAAUGUGCUAUAUUUUUAGCAUGAACCAAA